AAUCUUCAUCGUCUCUCUCAAUCUCUACGAAAUCUAGCAGAGAAGCUCGAUCUCUCUUUGGUGAUUCAUUCUUUGCUUUGAGAGCGGAAAAGAUGUCAGGGAAAGGCGCAAAGGGGUUGAUAAUGGGCAAAACCCCUGCCCUAAACAAGGACAAGAAGAAGCCCACCACGCGCUCCUCUCGAGCUGGUCUUCAGUUCCCUGUUGGUCGAAUUCACCGUCUCCUCAAGUCAAGGGUGAUGGCCCAUGGAAGAGUUGGUGCAACAGCUGCUGUGUACUCUGCUGCCAUAUUGGAAUACCUGACUGCAGAAGUAUUGGAGCUGGCCGGUAAUGCAAGCAAAGAUCUGAAGGUUAAGCGCAUAACACCUCGGCAUCUGCAGCUCGCCAUUCGUGGUGAUGAAGAACUAGACACGCUCAUCAAAGGAACGAUAGCCGGUGGUGGUGUGAUUCCUCACAUUCACAAGUCGCUCAUCAACAAGUCUGCCAAGGAUUGAGACUAUAUCCAUAUAUUGGUAGGAUGAGCUUUUGCUGUGUACAUUUUGUGAUAUCGUGAUAAUUGAUAAUUUUUAUUGGUUGAUGUUGGGCCUUUUUCAGGGUUUCCGAUUGUUGGCCCCCCUUCUGCAGUAAUUACACUUUGUAGGUUUUGGGGACAUUUCGCAAUGCUUGUGUUAUAAUACUGCAGUCCGAAUGAAUAUAUCAUUUUUUUUUAGGUA